AUGUCCCGUCGAAAUGGAUACACCACAUUUUUUGCUGUAUUAUCCGUGUCACUUCUCCUUUACAUCAGCUUCAUCAGUACUCCGUCGACAACGUCUUUCAGACUCGGAGGGAAUUCGGCAGUGGAUAAGGUCUACAAAAAUUAUAGUGCCUGGCAUAAUUGCUUGAAAAACAAUAUAUCGAGUAUGGAGGGAAAUCCUGAUGCCCUCUGGGGAAACUUGUGGAGAGGAAUCAAGCUAUGUGAGGUUAUCCCGGAGAUGAAGGGACUAUUCAUUGGUGACUACCCGAACUCUGAUGAGACCAAAAGACAUAUUGUACCGAAGAUGCAACUUCCAAGUGUAAUCGUCACAUUAGGAAUAGGUCAUGAUACUGGAGCCGAAGAAAAACUAAUCAAGGGUCUUCCACACGGAUCCGAAUUUUUUGGAGCCGAUCCGAUGCAUGAAAUCAACGAGGACCUCUACACAAAACUUCCUGGAAAAUAUUUCCCAUUUGCUGUCGGAGAAUCAUCUGGAUUUGCUGAGGCCAGUGUACUCAUUAAUACAACAUACACCACUAAAACCGUGGUCAAUGUGGACAUUAUUUAUUUUUUAAAGAAUUUGGUCAAAAGAAAUUUCAUCGAUGACAUCUGGAUUGACGGGGAAGGUGCUGAGUACGGACUCUUCGACCACUUUUUCAAUGGUGGAAGAUUCGAUGAGAAUGGAAUUACAUUCUGUCAAUUCAAUAUUGAGAUUCACGCACCGGAUACUCUACAAAAGAAACUCUUCCAUGACUUCAUUUUCAGGUUGUUGAAGGACGAGAGAUAUGCAAUUUAUCGACCAGUACAAGGCCAUCACAUGCGUCUAUUCAUGCUCAAUUUCGGCAACGAAGAAUGUGUCUACAAGUACAUUCUCUAG